CUUCACAACAGUGAACAAACAGCAUGAGAACACUAACAGGACUAACUCCUGAACGGAUUCCCUUUUCUUCCCACUUUGCUGGAUUAUAACUUCCCUGGAAACUACGAAGCAGGUGCAGAAAUGGUUGCAAGGAAAGCCGUAGAUGCAGGGCCCUCUGCAGCAGUCAAGUUCUUCGGUGCAGGAACGGCAGCCUGCAUUGCUGACCUCAUCACAUUUCCUCUUGAUACCGCCAAAGUCAGACUACAGAUUCAAGGAGAGGCUCAUAAAAUUGAAGGGGCUAGUGCCACAAAGUACCGAGGAGUGUUUGGCACCAUCAUGACUAUGGUACGCACAGAGGGGCCCAGGAGUCUUUACAGUGGACUGGUGGCAGGACUGCAGAGGCAGAUGAGCUUUGCCUCUGUUCGAAUCGGUCUUUAUGAUUCCAUGAAGCAAUUCUACACACGGAGCACUGAGAGUGCUGGGAUUGUGACUCGGCUCAUGGCGGGUUGUACCACAGGAGCCAUGGCUGUGGCUUUUGCUCAACCAACAGAUGUGGUGAAAGUGCGUUUCCAAGCCCAGGUACGACUGGCUGAUGGUGGAAAGCGAUACAAGGGGACUAUGGACGCCUACAAGACGAUUGCACGAGAUGAGGGAAUAAGGGGCCUUUGGAAAGGCUGCAUUCCCAACAUCACUCGUAAUGCUAUAGUUAACUGUUCGGAGCUGGUGACCUAUGACAUGAUCAAAGAACUCCUCCUGACGUAUGACCUAAUGACAGACAACCUGCCGUGCCACUUCACAGCUGCCUUUGGUGCAGGCUUCUGCACAACUAUUGUGGCGUCUCCUGUUGAUGUCGUCAAAACAAGGUUCAUGAACUCAGGAACUGGCCAAUACAGCAGUGCCAUCAACUGUGCUUUCACCAUGUUGAGAAAUGAAGGGGCCACAUCUUUCUAUAAAGGGUUCACACCUUCUUUUUUGCGACUGGGUUCCUGGAACAUUGUGAUGUUUGUGACAUAUGAACAGAUUAAACAAGGUAUGACCAGGGCACACCAGUACUGGGAGUUGCCAUUUUGACCUGAAUUUGUUCGACUGUUACUUCAGAGGGGCUUCACACAGACACAAUGGCCUUGUCUACACCUCAAGACAUGGUCAGAUCAUGGUCAACCAUGGUCAACCAUGGUCAGAAGAGGAUAUCGGUUUCAUGGGUCCACGGUCACAUUCAGUCUUCGAAUUCCUCAAUGGACUCUGGCACUGUGAGCAUCGCUGUGACACCAGAGCAUUUUAAGGACUUUGGUUUACAAAGAGACACUUUGUAUCAUUUCUAUGACCUUUAUUUUAUCUACUUGUUUACAAUGUUCCCCAUUAUUUGGGGUGCACAUAGUCAGGGGUUUACAGGUUGAUUUACAUUCUAGAUAGUACAAUUUAUUGCUGGUCAAUAAAUCAUAUAAUCAGAAUAUCUAUAUCUAAGUAUAUUGUGCUUGUAUAUUGUAUGUACAAUAACAAACAAGGCUGUAAUAAAUAAAGUCACAUUUUUUUGUA